CUCGGCAACAGCAACCCGAAGUCACGUAUCGGAGCGCAGAUCGAACGAAACAGCGAGAACAAAUCAAACGGAUUUACCGGGCCUGUGGGAAUCCCAGAACCGAACCCGGAAAUCACCGGAGAGAUGGUCUGUGCAAAAGCCUGCAAAAGAAUGGACCGCAUUGCCGAACCUGAACCCGGUACCGGAAGGAACUCUCGCGAUAACUGCAAGCUAACAGGCUAAUGCUAAAAGCAAAAACUUUGAUUUCAUUCUGAACCGAACCGGACCGCUCCUUACCGCCUUUGUUAAUGGGACUGCAUGUACAGAACACAAAUAAACAACAAUAAACAACAACAAGCCUGAGCUGGACCGCUUUUGUUCCAGAGAUUAGUCAGAUCCAGGCAGCUCCGAGAAAAACUAGUCCUACAGGUCCAAUUCAAAAACCACAACACUGAUCCGGGUCAGAUCUGGACCGGGUCAGCCUACAGAAGAUAUAGAUUAUUCAUAAACCAGGUGUCAGCAAUGCUGCAGCUCCCCCUGGUGGUGACAGCUCAGGUGGACCUGGUUCUGGUCCUGGUCUCCCUGUUGGCACUCUGGACCAGACUGAACCUCCUGAACUACCCGAAUGCUGUGGUGUUUGAUGAGGUCUACUACGGACAGUUUGUGUCUUUCUACAUGAAGAGGGUCUUCUUUAUUGAUGACAGCGGACCCCCGCUCGGUCACAUGAUCCUGGCCCUUGGAGCGUACCUGGGGGGCUUUGAUGGGAACUUUGUGUGGAACAGAAUUGGAUCAGAGUACCCCGGCGGUGUGAGUGUGUGGAGUCUGAGGCUGCUGCCGGCUCUCUGCGGAGCGCUCUGUGUUCCUCUGGUUUACCUGCUGACACUGGAGCUGAGGUUUUCUCACCUGUCGGCACUGGGAGCUGCGCUGCUGCUGCUGCUGGAGAACGCUCUGAUCGUCCAGUCACGUUUCAUGUUGUUGGAGUCCGUUCUCAUCUUCUUCAUGCUGCUGGCUUUCUUCUCUUACCUGCGCUUCUACAACGCCCCCAGCAGCUCCUGGUCCAGGUAUGGUUGGCUCCUCCUCUCCGGUGUUUCCUGCGCGGCGGCUGUUGGGGUAAAGUAUAUGGGUGUGUUCUCCUACCUGCUGCUGGUGGGCGUGGCCUCUGUGCACACCUGGAAGCUGAUUGGAGACAGAGCUGUCAGUCAUCUGAGUGUGUGUGUUCAGUGUGUGUGCAGAUUUGUGUGUCUGAUAGUGGUUCCGGUUCUGCUCUACGUGUUCUGGUUCUACGUUCACCUGAGUCUCCUGAACCGCAGCGGACCACAUGACCAGCUGAUGAGCUCCGCCUUCCAAGCCAGUCUGCAGGGCGGUCUCGCCAGGAUCACUCAAGGCCAGCCUCUGGAAGUUGCUUAUGGCAGUCAGGUGACUUUAAGAAGCUCCGCCUCCCAGCCAGUCCCAUGCUGGCUUCACUCUCACAAAGCCAACUAUCCAAUCAGGUAUGAAGAUCGGCGGGGCAGCUCACACCAGCAACAGGUCACCUGUUACCCCUUCAAAGAUGUCAACAACUGGUGGAUCAUCAAACAUCCGGACAGACAGGAGCUGAUGGUGGACACACCCCCUCGACCAGUCCAUCAUGGUGAUGUCAUCCAGAUGGUUCACGGGAUGACCUCACGCUUGCUGAACAGUCACGACGUGGCAGCCCCCAUGAGUCCUCACGCUCAGGAGGUGUCCGGAUACCUGGACUUCAACGUCUCCAUGCCGGCCCAGAACCUGUGGAGGGUGGACAUCCCAGGCAGGGAGGCGGAGUCAGACGUGUGGAAGACGAUCCUGUCUGAAGUCCGACUGGUUCACGUCAACACGUCAGCUGUUCUGAAGCUGAGUGGUGCUUCUCUUCCAGAGUGGGGUUUCCGUCAGCUGGAGGUUGUAGCAGAAAAACACUUCAAGUCUCACAGCAGCAGUUUGGGCUGGACCGUGGAGGAGCACCGAUACGGAACCAGUCAGGAGCAGAAGGAGCGUGAGGCGGAGCUUCAUUCUCCGACUCACAUCGACGUGAACAGAAAAAUCUCCUUCUGGGCGAAGUUUACGGAGCUGCAGUGGAAGAUGCUGACGGUGAAGCAGGAAGUGUCUGAGCACAAAUACAGCUCCGCCCCCUUUGAGUGGAUCACCAUGGAAACCAACAUCGCAUACUGGCUGCAUGCUGCCACAAAUGCUCAGAUACACCUGAUUGGUAACCCGCUGUCAUGGUGCGUGGCCAACUUCUGCCUGCUGGCGUAUCAGCUGCUGGCAGCUGUGUACCUACUAAGGAGGAGGCGGGGCUUCAAAGACCUCCCUGAUGGUGUGUGGCAGCAGUUUGUGCUCCUGGGCUGCGUGUGUGUCGGCGGCUGGUUGGUGAACUUCCUUCCCUUCCUGCUGAUGGACAGAACUCUUUUCCUGUACCACUACCUGCCCGCCCUGUGUUACCUGUACCUGUUAAGCCCCGCCCUUCUGGAGCAUGUGCACACUCACCUGCUCAGCAACGUGACACACCGACGUGUGCUCUGCGUGUGCGCUGCGGCUGCUCUACUGUCUGUCUUCCUGUCCUAUCGGACGUUCUGCCCUUUGACCUACGGCACCCCGGAGCUAUCGGCCAAUCAGCUUCAGGCGCUGAAGUGGAGGACCAGCUGGGACAUCCUGUACCGCCACCGCUAGAGCAUACGGAGAGAGGCUGAGAGACACUGAAAGACAGUGAGACAUGCUGACAGAGGCAGAAGGACGCCUGUCUUUCUGAGACAUCCUGUCCCAACACUGCAGGAGACUCAGAGACAAACAGAAGGUGUGCGUCUCUGGAGACAGUUGUUCUGUCGCUGCUGAAUGAGACUAAAAUCUCUGAACUCUGAGGAUUUUAUGAACUCACCCGCUGCUUGUUCCUCCUCCUCCUCCUCCUCCUCCUCCUCCUCCUCCUCCUCAUCAUUUGUAAACAAACAAAAUAAACAACCUACUUUCUGUCAGGUUCCUUAUGGGCCUACCAGUAACGUGCACACAUGAGCACGCCACUUCCUGUGAAGACCUCAGUGGUGUCAAUAAAAAUACAUAUUUGGGAGAAUUUUUAAUGACAGGAUGAAUACUUCCUGUGAAGUCUGACUACAAAAUAAAAGCUCAAACAAAAAA